AUGGCAUUUUUGCCCGGCACGGCGCUGUUUGCUUCUAAAGUGCCCCGCAAGAUCCUGUUCAUGUUCACGCUCUCCCUGUCCGUCACCUACCUGUUCUACAGUUUGAUGAGCUGCUACGACUCGCUGCGCGUCCCCGUGCUGGAGAACUACGCGUACCAGGCGCCGGACGAGACAACUUCAGUCACGCUCAGGGAGAAACUUUAUUCCACCCCUUCCCGUGCUUAUUUCCAGCAGGAACUCGUAGAAAAGACGGUCACGGAGCAGACGAGACAGUUCCACACCGAGAGAUAUAGAGCCCGCGUUGAGGAGAUCACGGCGGAAUGGGAGCGAGCUCGGCCGGCCAGGGCUGUCAGCAGCAGGAGCGUCGCGCUUAACGUGGAACAUCCUGAAACCAGCACCAUGGACGCAGCAGGGCUCAGCAAAGCGCCGAACUCCACCUCGGAUUACGGGGAGAAGAAAUUACCCCAGGCUAUAAUAAUAGGAGUGAAGAAGGGUGGCACGAGGGCUCUGCUCGAGGCGCUCCGGGUACAUCCUGAUGUGCGCGCUGUGGGAAACGAGCCGCACUUCUUCGACAGGCACUACGAGAAGGGGCUGGACUGGUACAGGGAUUUAAUGCCAUCAACACUGGAAGGACAGAUCACAAUGGAGAAAACACCCAGCUAUUUUGUGACAAACAGUGCACCAAAGCGCAUCCACUCAAUGGCAAAGGAUAUCAAACUGAUCAUAGUAGUGCGCAAUCCUGUCACACGAGCCAUUUCGGACUACACCCAAACACUGUCCAAACGACCCGAGAUCCCCACGUUCGAGGUCCUCGCCUUCAAGAACCGGACACUGGGGUUGAUCGAUGCAUCAUGGAGUGCAUUACGUAUAGGAAUUUAUGCACUGCAUCUGGAGAGCUGGCUCCAGUACUUCCCCCUUUCUCAGAUGCACUUCGUGAGUGGCGAGCGGCUCAUCACAGACCCGGCCGGUGAAAUGGCCAAGGUGCAGGACUUCCUGGGUCUUAAGCGUAUUGUCACCGACAAGCACUUCUACUUCAACAAGACCAAGGGUUUUCCUUGCUUGAAGAAGCCUGAGGACAGCAGCACCCCACGAUGCCUUGGCAAGUCCAAGGGUAGGACACACCCUAAAAUAGAGAUAGACGUCAUCCACAGACUGCACAAGUUCUAUAAGCCCUUUAACAAUAUGUUUUACCAAAUGACAGGGCAGAAUUUUCAGUGGGAACUGGAGGAUCCAGCCAACUUCCCAGGCCCUCGGGACUAAGACACUGAGACAUCACUAUUCCACCAGCUUUUUCUCCCUAAGAAUGCCAACUAAACAAUGUUUCAGCACAAACAGUCUAUAAUAGCUAU